AUGGAUAAAGACCAACAAAAGAGCUAUACUGGGAUGAUUCUUACUCUAUCAAAAGUGAGUAUAGCAUGGAAAAUUUAUUUUGUAGAUGAAAUUAACCAAAAUCUUUUUUCUUAUAAGAUAUUCUUAUUUAUAAUUAGACUAUUAUAUAUAAUGAAAUCUCCAAUUAAUUCUAUUAAAUUUAAACGGAUUGCAUUUUAAAUCAAAUUAAAUCAGAUUUAUUUGUGAAUUUUUAAACCCGAAAUUGUUUAAUAUAACACCUUCAUAAGUAAGCAAAAAUACCUUGCUUAUUUUUAAGUGGAAGAGCUAGUGGAAUUUCAUUAGGACUUAUGGGAUAUUUUGAGAUAAAAAAUUGGCUUGAUAAUAAAGAGUUUAAUGAUUUUAAGAAGAAUUUCAUUGUGCCUCUAGAUUAUGAUGUGAAAAAUGAAGGAAAGCCUGUUUUUGUAAAAGGAGUUCUUAAAAAUACAUCCAAUAAGGAACUAGAAGACCCUUUGCUUGAAAUUAAACAAAGCAGCCUCUAUUUGAAAAGAACUGUAGAAAUGUUCCAGUUUAUCAAAGAAAAAUCUGGAGAAUUUAGGCAAAUUUGGAGCGAAAAACCUAUUCCAAGUGAUGAUUUUCCUGAUGAUAAAAAGAAUGCAGAGUGGAAAUACCAGUCUGAGGAAUAUUUUAUGGAUGCUCCUUAUGCAGUUUAUCCUUUAUUUGUUGGAAACGAAAUUCUAAAACAUAUAAAUAGUACUUGAACAGUUAAACCAAUUGAGCAUAAGGUCAAAUUUCAAAAAGAUUUAACUCUUUGCUUUUAAAACAAUAAAUAUUUUGGAUUUAAUUGGUAAUUUUUAAAUGCAGAAAAUAGAAAUUAUUUAACUAUAAAAAAACUUUCUUAAUGGCAUAAGAAAAAAAGGCUUUGCAAUUUAUCAUGAUGAUGAAUAUUAUUAUCUUUCAAGAUUUGAUAGAAAAAAUAAGGCUUACCAGCCAAGAUUUGGUGAUUACAGAAUAAAAUAUACAUAUAAUCCAGAAAUGGUUAUUAUGAGUAUUAUUGGAGGGCAAACUGGAUCUCAAAUAGCUCCUUAUAGAGGAAAAGUUUAUAUGGCUAAAGAAGGCAGCUUUGAGCCUGAAGAAAUGAUCCAAAAGUAUGAAACAGAACACUAUACCAAUAUGACUUUUAAACGAAUUUUAUAUGGCUUUGGACUGGUUUCAGGUCUUUAUUUUACCUAUAAUAGUUAA